UAUAUACAUUUAUGGUGUGGCUGGAAGGAUGGCGGGUUUGUUGCAGUUACAUUUUCGAUUGCAUUUUUGAUUAGGUUCCGGGAUAAAGUGAACAUCAAUUAAUGUUUUAGAUUACUUAUAAUACGAUUUCAUAAUGUUAGUAUAAAAUACCCCAUUUCUACCACAUCCAUUGUGGAGAAAAUGCGGUGGUAAUGGAAUCGUUUGAAGACUCAAAUUGCCGUUCUAUGAGUGAUAGUUUUUCUUUGUACGAACGUUAUAUGAGAAGUUUCAACGUAGUGGAUACUUUCCGUGAACAAAUCGAACCCGAUCCAGUUUCAUUAUUAAGUAACUGUGACUACGAAAAUCCAAGCAUUGGAGGUAACAUAGACUUAUCAGCUGCUGUCCAAACGAGUAUUAAAGAGGAUAGUAAACAUUACGAAACCGCCCAAGUUGACUGUGUUUCUUUAGGUCUGAAUGAAAAUACUGUAGAGAAGGGUAGUUUGAUAGCAGAUAUUAGCAAAAUUGGCUCUCCUUGCACAUCGCUCGCGCCUUCGCUGAAUGAAAGCUCUUCCCUCACGGUGGACCACAACCUCACCGACAAAUCGGACCCGGCCGACGUUCCCGUAUCUUCGGAUGAAUCUAAAUUCAGCUGUUUUAAACAGCCUAUUUUUAUAACCUCUACUAUGGAAAACAGUAACAAUGCAGUCGACAUGCUUCGUGACGUAAGACAUUCCGAAAGCGUCUUCAAAUUGCCGAUCAGCGAAUUGUCAUUUAACGGCACCAUAAAACAUGUACAGAAGCUGAAGCCUAUUGUUGACCCUAUAACUGCUCUGACUGCUAAUGCUGGGCUGGUUUUAGAUGAAAAAUCUCAAGAAUCAGAUAGUUCAAAUAUAAGUGAAAAUAUUGGCAUUGCUUUUGAAGAGAAGAGUUGCCACACGCCUGUUGCUAGUGACAUAUCUGACGAAAGGAGUACUAAAGGUACUGAGAGCACUGGAGAUUCACAGUAUGAAGAUUUUUCCAGAAAAGAGAGUUUAUUUCCGAGGCCGGAAGAUAAAAGUACAAAAUGGAGUAAUGACCAAAGCUACUCUUCUUUGGAAGCCUCAUUUGAUAGUGGUGUGCGCUCCCCGGAUAUGUUCUGUUCAGAUGACGAAGAUGCUGAAGCAAGUGUAGCACCUGAACCAUUCUGGAGCUUUUUGAAAAACUAUGAACAGCAUGAUAAGAAGAAGGUUAAGAAAAUGGAGGAAAAACUCCAAGGGAUUCUACCACCGCCAUCAGUCACAACUCUACGCACAGAUGUCACAGAGAUGCUAAAGAAAUACUACUGUUUCUUGCCAGCAUUUAAUAAUGAGGUUAAAGUUGAUCCUGAACCCAUCAACCCUGUUACUCCUACUAAAAGAGUGUCCUUUGUAGAAAUACCGACAGUAUCCCAAGUAUCGAGAGAGGAGAUUGCAGUAACUUCCACCAGGGAGGAGAAGCCUGAGUAUGAAUUAGACACCAGUGCUAAUGAUAAGAGUAUUGUUCUUGAGAUGAGCAGUGAAGCGGAAGCAAAGGAAACAACAUGGCCUAAUUUGUUGAAAUGCAGGCAUUAUGAUGUGUAUUACAAUGUGACAACCUACUCUGAGAGGAUGGAAAUGCUGGCAUUGCGCUACGGUGAGAGAUAUGUUGGCGCAGAGACUGAAACCAGUGUCAAUGUCUACUCCGGAGGAAAUCAGUCGCCUAGCAGUGCACAUAAGCGGAAGGCACUGCGCCUUAAAAUGGCACAAGCUAAGUCACCAGGCAGGCGUUUAUCGCACUUGGCUCGUCGACGCCAAGCAUUUUGCAGUGCUGCUACAAUCAAUGAAAAGGCCCAAGCAGGCACUGCUAAAAUGGUUCUCAUAGACAAAAAUUAUUUCCCACACAGGAAGCUCAUCAACUCCGCGGAAAGAAAAAGUCCCCGCCUCAGACGCACACCUGGUAAGAAAACCCCCAGCCGCAAGACUCCAGGGAAAAAGACUCCCGCUAAAACCCCAAAGACUAGAAGUGGAGGCUCUAGUCGCAAAAAGAUAAUGAGAAGAUUACUUAUGGAUUCUGACAGUAUGACUAGAUCACAGCCAACACGUGAAACUCUAAAAAGAGCUUUAUUCGUCAGUCCGGAGAAUAGAAAAUCGAUACCAAGCACCGCUAGCACAUCAGUGCCUCUUCAAGCUAUGAAGUCCAAGAGAGCUCUCUUUUCAUCCCCCGACAGGUCAGCGGAAACAAAAAGCGCCGAUGGAACUCAAAGUGAUCAUUUCUUAAAGCGUAAACUUGAUGCAUUAGAUGAUCAACCGGAAAAUAGUAGAAAUAAGAUAGCGAAGAGUCUGUCGUUCGGCGGGGACACCAUCGGGAGCAUGCCUCCGCAUAUCAUGAAUCGACGGGCGUCUGAAGUGUUUACUAGAAGGAAUUCAGUGGAGUUAAAUGAAACUCAUAAGAAGAAACUCCUAUGGGCGGUGUCGGAGGCGCUCCGCGUGCACGGCUGGCGCAUGUCGUCGGCCGGCUUCCGCGAGAAGGCCGAGGCGCUGGCGCGGCUCACUCGCCGCCUGCUCACGCUGCCGCCGCACGCCGCCAAGUUCGCUUCGCCCAAGCUGUCCACCUCCGAAACCAUGCUCAAACUCGCUCGGCAAUACGUGUUCGCGAUUAUCCAAGGCCGCAGCAUCGAAGAUUGUUUCCAAGAAGAACAAAUGAAGCUAGCCAACGACGGUAGUAGUAAACUCUCCGGCUACAUAUCUGCCAACGCCUACCAACAGUUUAAGGCAAGACAAGCCGCACCUAGUACAUUAACAUCACAAAUUAAAGAAAACUGUAACGGUUCCUUCAAACAGGACCAACCGCGAAGCGGCUCCAAAAACGUCCUGCAAGACAAGCUUAUCAAUGUAGAUUCUAGCUCCAACAGCAGCAGUGGUUUUAGCAUGCUGGACAAGUCGGGCCUCUACAAGUCAAAUUCAAUGCCUUCAUUCGAAGAAGCAGCUAAAAUGAGAGCCCGCAGGCAAAUUAGUUUUGACAAUCUCGAUUUUCCUAAAAGGUGAUGUGUUUGUAAGGUCUUUAAUUGUUAAGAUACUGACUGAUUUCGAUAAAAUGUUUGCGUUUGAGAUAUUAUUUUAACGGUUUAAGUAGGCAAUGACACAUAGAAUAUCUGGUGUAUGAAAUGACUGCUUAUAUUAUGAGGUAGCAUCAUUAGUUGAAGUUAUUAGUCCUAAUUACCUCGCUGGACACCUAUCUUAUAGUCCUAGUUAUUGUUGCAAGAAAUCAAAAUUCCCAUUCUUGGUUAUGGCGGUGGCAGCGAAGAGCAACAGUUAUAAGUGGGAGCGAGACGCAGCGAUAGGACCUAAAGUCACCGCUCGCCAAGUCGUGGCCAGGCCGUUAAAAAACAGCAAAUUUGUGUGUAUGGCUUAAAGGACUCGCAUUCAGGCCAUAAUUGUUUUAAAAAAAAAGCAAAUUUGUGCCAACUUGUUUGGUCAGACCGCCAUUGUUUCCUAUUAUUGUCACGAAUAUCUGAGACAGUAAUGAAUGACAUAAAAUAAUGGGUAGGUAUACAGCGAGGGCUAUGUAAUUAGUAUGAAUGUGCAACUUAGAAAUCGCUUUUGCUUGGUGGCGAUUUUAUAUCAGAUAUAAUUAAUAUAUGAUACGAUUUUGCAUGUUGCCGUUUUCCUCAGGUUCUGUAAGCAAUUUUAACCAUUUCACUGGCAUGGCCGCCUUUUUUGAGACAAAGCGAAUAACAUACAUUUUACAGUUUAAUUUGCAAAUAUUUUUCGAUUUGCGUGAGUACGCAAAUAAACGUUACAUUGAAGGUGCUCUGCACCUUUUAUUUGGAUUUAUAUUUUUUACACUCAAAUAACCAACUAAUGAGUUAUUUAAAAAUAUGAAUUAUUUUCUUUUAAACAAGGUGCAGGCACCUCUAUAGUAAAGUUUGCUUACGGAAACCUACUUGGUAGUGAUUCUUUAUUUUGUUUAUAAGUUUAAAGUGUUAUUUUACGAUUGACAGUGUUCGCGUCAUAUUAGUCAAGAUACGUACACUAUAGCUACAUAUUUGUAGACCACGGGCAGAGUGAUUGGCAAAUAAAGUGGACCCCACUGCGGCGCACGCUACGCACGAAUGUAAGGCCACGUAGAUGUACUUAUAAGUUAUUUAUAUAACUUUAACAUCUCAAAACCUAUUUUAGAUAAGUAUUUAUCAAAAUUUAAAUUUUGACACAGGCUUUUAUCGUUAACUGUACUUUCAACAGGCAACUAAUACGCAUUGAGACAAUUCUAACAAACCCAAACACAAAUACGUUGCGCUGCUAUAUCACAGAGUUCUAAUGGCCACCAUCAGAUCAGCUCGAUGGUACCAUAAAAUUGCAUUGGCAUCCAACUUAUGAUACAUGUGCAUGUGAAGUUUUAUGAUCCAAUAAUGGGAAGUGGGGUGUUGGGUGAAACAUUGCAAGUUAAAUAAAAAUUCUAAAAUACUGCUGAAACUGGUUUGUUCUUAUCCGUCACUGAAAUGUAUUUUAUAUUUAACAGAAAGAUAAAAACCUAUUUUAAUAUAGGCUUAGGAAUAGGGGGACUAGUAGGGGAGAGUCUGUCUUAUUGCUUAAAUCGAUGGCAUAAUAGGUAGUAUAGUCGUGUGCCGCUGUGGGAUGUCUACUCUUCUUAUUCUUACUUGCAUGUGACCAUAGACAGAAUAUCGCUAUUCUAUGUUACUGCUCAUAUUGUGCUUCCCAUUUCGUAGUUAUUAUUUUUAUAAUUAACGUACAAAUCGGUGGAAUCCCCAAACCGGGCAAAAUCAUAUAGAAUGAAGGUGUGUUGUGUAUGUUGAUAUAUGGCACUCAUACUAUCACAGAUGACGUUUGAUUGGUUAUUUUAUUCGCAACGCGAACAUGCGUGUAUCUCCGAUCCUGUCACUCCACUUUUGCAAGAGCGAUAGAGAUAGAGAUAGCCAUGAUGCUUUCAUGAGUUUAUAACUUUUUUAUUUGCAAUAAAGACUAUAAUUGCAUUGCUAAAUCUUCCCACUCUGUUUUGCAGGAGCUAUUUUUAUUUAGCAAUUUAAUUAAGACCAUUCAUGUGUUUUGUUACUAUUGCUGAGUACGAUCUCACAAUAUUUUAGAUUAAUAAAUUAUUUUUCUCGUA